UGUCUGGGCUGUGCUCGCGACGGCCCACGCCUUAUUCGGCUGAACCAGGGCACCAGAUCUGCCUUCACGAAUAGGUGAGCUGACAGGGCUGAGUCACUGAGGAAUCACGAGCCCCCCGCAAGAGAUGUAUAAAUCAGGCCCUGCCAAUCCCCAACCUCGAUUGGCAGGCAGGAGAUCAUUUCCCAACGCUCACAUGUUAUGCACACACCAUCAUGACCACUCGAAAUCGUCGACCACAUACAGUGUGGUUGAUAGGUGGUGGGGUCGAGUCCUUGGUUGCUGCCUCUUGUCUGAUAAAUGAGGCCAAGAUCCCCGGCAAUCGAAUCCGUAUCCUCGACUCAAGGGGUCAGCGACAGCCUAGUGGCACUAUCCGAAAUACCAAGUCGACACGCAAGCGGUUGAUCACGUCUAGUACGAGUCACUGCCAGGAGCUGCCAUGCGCAUCAGCCCAAGAGCCGCAUCAGCCUCAGCCCCUCGACGUACCCGCCUUCCACCAUGACGAAACCCCUGCGACAUGCACCCGAGACCGCACCGAGGCCUUCAUGGCAGAGCCGAUCCAUUUCCUCGGUCAUCUCGGCCGCAAACAGGUCUGGCGCAAGAACCGCAAGGACAUCCUCCACUUCCUCCUGCAGGACGAGGAAGCAUACGAAGGGCUGAGCAUUCAGCUGGUGUUCGAUGAGUCCUUCUUCGACACCUACUUCUGGAGGCUAUUCUCAUCAAGCUUCGGCCUACGCCCAUCGCACUCCGCCGUCGAGUUCCAUCGCUACAUCAGCAAAUACCUGGACGAGGUCAUCGGCAACAGCAUCCAGAUCGCUGACCCACUGCAAGUCUCCCUACGGAAGACCGUCCUCCAGCCGCUGCGAGCCUACCUUCGCAACCAGGGGGUCGAGUUUCACAGCCUCCACGUCACCGAUAUCCACUUCCACCCGGACCACUAUCCUCAAACCGCCAGCGGGAUCCAAGCGGUUGACCCCUGCGGAAAUCCUAUGGUCUUUCCUGUACGCGCCGAGGACAUCCUUAUCGUGACCCUCGGCUCCGCCGCAUCAGGCAUCGCGACCGGCACCCCCGCCAGCCCUCCGCCCGCCCUCUCCACCAGCACCCAAAGCCUCCUCGACGAUCCCAGCUGGGCGCUGUGGAUUGCCCUCGCCAAGAAGUCCUCGCAAUGCGGCAACCCGGCCUCUUUCUGCACCCAUCUCCCGGAAUCGCGCCUGGGGAUGUUCGUCAUCCACCUGCCGCAAGCCGAGUUCAACGCCCUCCACCACCGCGUCCUGGGCACCCAUCCCGCCGUCGAUGCCACCAUCGCAGAGAGCAAUUGGUCAUUGAAGCUUGUCUUUCCCCAGCAGGCGCAGCAAGAGCACGAUGAAUCCCACCGCUCCAUUUUAGGCUAUGGCUUCACGCCGGACGCACCGGGCCACCACAUCCAGAAACCCAUGCCCGCAUGCAGCGGCGACGAGAUCCUCGCCGAGCUCCUCAGCAGCCUCAACAUUCCACCCGCGCAAAUCAUCCCGAAGGCUAGGACUGUGCCUUACGUCCUCCCGCUGGGAUUGUCGCCGCUCCUUAAGCGCGACCCCGGCGAUCGGCCGGAUAUCACCCCCUCGGAUCUGGGGAAUCUGGCGCUAGUGGGCCAGUACGUGGAGAUCCCCGAGGAGACGGCGCUGAUGACCGAGUACAGUGUGCGGUCGGCGCAGCUGGCGGUGCAGCGACUGAUGGGGGGUUCGUCGAAGGUGAAUGUGUCCGAGGUGCAUAAGUCGUUUCUGGCGGCGAGGUAUGGGCGGAAGGGCGGGGUGGUGUCUUGUCGGUAGUUCGGCGGUGGGCAUUACGUUCGGGGUGUGCUCUGGGGAUGGGCAUGAGGGUUUGACUGAUCGUUAACCAUACCAUUGCUUGUUCUUCAUAUAAUCACACAUCCACUCCAUCAGGUCCGGUGUCUACCCCCUGGUAAACUUGCAGCUCAAAUCCAGAUUCCAACGAGAGGGAGCGAGUGUAAGACCAGACCAGGAAUAACACUAUCUACUAU